AUGCAGGCGGUGAACGACAGCCUCGCCCGGCCGUAUCUCCCACCCACCCUCCGCCUUCGCCAGCGUCGCCAGGAUCAUGAGAAGGAAAUCGCGGCGGGCAGUGAGGAAAAGGGGUUUUUGCCCGGAAAGACAACCGAUCAACCCCUGCCCCACGUGCGCGCGAAACGUGAGGCAUUUGAGCAGCGCAAAGCCAUCGGCCUCGCGCGUUAUACGGAGCUCCACGCCCAACCGGGACCCACCGAGCGAACACAGGACCUUUUUGCGGAAAAGUUUCCAAGCUUUUUAGAUCAAAUCGAAUCCGGAGAGGAUGCCCGUCGCCGCACCGCACGAUCGGCCUCGGAAAGUCGAUCCCACGCACGCGAGGCGGGCGGGGUGAAUGGGCUUUCGUCGUCUUCGCCUCCGCGAAAAGCGGAGGCCACCGCUUUCGGGUUUUUCAGCGUCGAGGAGGAGAAGGCGUACCUCGCGGAUCAGCGCCGUCGCGCCGGGGAGCUGCGGGAGGCGGAGGUGGCCGAAAAGGCCGCCCUUCGCGCCUCCACCACCGCUUUGAAGGCGUUUCAAAAACAGCAGGCGGAGGAACGGUCGCGUCGGAUGCAGGAAGAGAAGGCGGCUGAGCGGGCGGGCGCGCAGCAGCACCUCGCGGAUAUGGCGGCGGAUGAUGCGCAGUAUUUGGAUUAUAUUCGCUCACAAAUCCCGCCGGAUAUGCAUCCCGUGCUGGUCGAAAAGGCCAUGCGGAUGGAUUAA